UGUUUAACUUAUUGAGGAACUGUCAAACUUACUGAGGAAAUGUCAAAUGGCUGCACCAUUUUACAUUUCCUACCAGCAGUAUACUAGGGUUUCAGUUUUUCCACAUCUUUGCUAUUACUCGUUAUUUUAAUUUUAUUUUUUUGAGCUUAUUUUUCAUUUAUCGAAAACAUUUAAUGUAUAAAUGUAUAGAAAGCCAGUGAAAAUAGCUUGAGAUGUCACCAUGGUACAUAUGAGAGAUGAGAUGGGUAUAUUAAGGAGCUCAUUGAAAUUUUUACUGUAAAACAGUGGCAGGUGGUUUCACCACUAGGUGGGAAUCUUAGGGGAACAUUUCAUUCCUGAACCUCUAAUAGUCCUGGUGUGGGUCCAGUGGAGGCAGGAGGUGGCAGUGGAGACACGCACUGGGGCUCCUGGGAGAUGCCAUUUUCUGUGGCACCAUCUGAGGUUGAUGUUCUCUGCAGUAUCUCCCUCUUCUGUAUUUGGCCAGAUGAUUCUGAUUCUCUGUCCUUCUCUGUCAUUGGAGCCAAAUGGGCACUGACCUCAUCUCCAAGACCAUUACAGAACUCUUUGUACACCAAGGAAGAGUCUGAUUCUGAGCUGCAGGAGAAGCUGUUACUGUCAGACUGUUAUUUCACCCUCAUGGGAUCUGUCCAAAUCACUCAGGGAAGCAGUUUUGUUGACCUGUUUCUUCAUAGGUCUUUUCUUCUGUAUGUUUCUGGCUUUUCCUUUCUUCUUUUUAAAGCUCUUCAGUGUCCACUCAUCAUCACUGCUGAACAUCUCAGAGUCAGAGGAGGACACAGGCUGACACACAGGCUGUUUCUGAUGCUUGGAAGCUAUCUUUUCAUCCACAAAGAUGGUAAUAAAUCUUUGCCUCCCACAGUUCAGACCAAGAAUUCACUGCAACAAGAUAUCAGCUGAUGGUUAUGAAGUAGAAAAUCUCAUCUCUCAAGACCUCACAAAGAGAAGUCAUGGUUUUAGGACAGAGUAUUUCAUUAAGCCACCAGUCUAUGUGACAGUUUCCUUUCCCUUUAAUGUGGAAAUCUGUAGGAUUAACCUAGACCUCACAGCUGGGGGAGGCCAGAACGCCACUGGCCUAGAAAUGUACACAUCUGCCUCAUGCAGCAGAGCAUCUUGGAGCACGCCCGAGUGCCGAACCCCAGGCCCAGCCGAGCCAUCUGUCCCAGACAAAGAGUCAUUCACCUUGGUAGGCAAAGUCUUACUGAAAAACCAGAGCCAAGUGGUGUUCAAUCACAGGGGCUUCAAGGCCAGACCGCCUUUUGGCCCAAUGGAAGUCACACUUCCCUCCCCUGCUGUUGUGACUCAGGAGCUUUGGAAUAAAGGGGCUCUUUCCCUUAGCCAUGUGGCCCACCUCAAGAUUUGCAUCACACACGUGACAGGCAGCGGUAUUCCUUGCAUCAAGCGGUUGGAAGUAUGGGGUCAGCCAGCCAAGACCUGCUCUCAGGAGGUGAUAGACAGCGUUCUACUGGUUGCCUCAGAGAGCCUGCCCCAGGUCUUGGCUCUGCAGGCCCCGGCCUUGCCCAUGGAAAGUGACUGUGACCCCGGGGACCAGUCUGAGGUUCAGCAGGCCCCCACCAGCCUGCAGGAGCUGGCUGAGGUAAUUGAGGAUGUGCCUGAGGAGUUCCUGGAUCCCAUCACCCUGGAGAUCAUGCCAUGUCCCAUGCUGCUGCCCUCAGGCAAGGUCAUCGACCAGAGCACGCUGGAGAAGUGCAACCGCAGUGAAGCUGCAUGGGGCCGAGUGCCCAGCGACCCUUUCACGGGGGUUGCCUUUACUGCACACUCCCAACCCCUGCCUCACCCCUCCCUGAAAGCUCGGAUCGACCACUUCCUGCUCCAGCACACUGUCCCUGGCUGCCACUUGCUUGGGAGAGCACAGACUGCACUGGCAGUGACUCCUUCUUCCAUUGUUCUGCCCUCUCGGAAAAGGAAGAUGGAACAGACCGAACGAGGCCUGGACAGGAGCCUUGGUAUAAAUGCUUCCUGUUUUUCUACCACAAGCCCUCUGGUCUUGCCCACUACCUCAGAGCACACUGCUAAGAAAAUGAAAGCCACCAGUGAGCUUAGCCUGACAUACAUGGACUGCUCAACAGAUCCAGUGUCCCAUGAACAGAAGCUGUCACAAAGCUUGGAAAUUGCCUUGACGUCCACCCUUGGCUCCAUGCCCUCCUUUACAGCUCGGCUGACCAGGGGACAGCUCCAGCACCUUGGCACAAGAGGGAGCAGCACUUCCUGGAGGCCCGGCGCUGGCUCGGAGCAGCCUGGGAGCGUCCCGGGCCCCGAGUGUGCCUCCUGCAAAAGAGCGUUCUCCUCCUACUUCAAAAAGGAACCCGUGUACCAGCUUCCCUGUGGCCACCUCCUGUGCCGGCCCUGCCUGGGUGAGAAGCAGCGCUCCCUGCCCAUGACAUGCACGGCCUGCCAGCAGCCGGUCGCCAGCCAGGACGUGCUACGGGUCCACUUCUAAGUGAGCAGCCCCGACUGGACAAGACCCAGGGCCGGGAAGAGCAGAGGGGGAGCAAGAGCCAGGUCACAGCUCCCGAGGUCUGGCCAGGUCCCAGGCACAGAGCUGCCUUUUCUUUGCCAGGGGAUUCCCUUGGUCACCUCACAGUGCAGCACA